UCCAGUCUUCCUCUCUCACUGUUCUUCUCGCUCCCAGCUCUCUCACUUCGGCACCAGCGGGAUCCGUGUCGGUGCCGAAUUACUGUUUCAAUGUGAUGCGAGAAGAAACGGAGACAAGCUGCCGCUCCUCAUUUCUGUCUUCCUAGUUAUCCUUUAUUGCCGAAAAGGGGAUGCACACUAUUAUUAUCCGAAAGACGGAUUAAGAAACCACUGAUAACAUUGCAGGCUCCUUCCAAAGCCGCUCAUCGGGCUCUUUUUUGGGAUACAUGUGCGUUAAAAACUUUAGAGUUGAAUUUGCGGAGUGAAGCUGCGAAGAAACACCGAGAUGAAGUCGGCUGGGCCGUGUGACGGGGAACUCUUCACAGAGAGCUACUGCAACAUCUGCAACGCUCAGCUUAUCUCCGAUUCGCAGCGCAUCGCCCACUACGAGAGUAAAAAGCACGCAAACAAGGUGCGACUCUUCUACAUGCUGCACCCUGAGGAUGGCGGCCCCCCCUCCAAGAGGCUCAGGCCAGACAACGCGGGCAACGAUGAGACCGAAGUCGACCAGAACAAGUGCUGCACCCUCUGCAACAUGUUCUUCACCUCUGCCAUCGUGGCCCAGUCCCACUACCAGGGCAAGACCCAUGCGAAGCGAGUGCGGCUUGUCCUGGGGGCAGCGCCUCCUCUGGCCCCCAGCCCUGCAGACUCGUCCUCCAAGACGCCACCGUGGCCCCCAGUGUGUAACGGCGAGGCUGGAAAAUAUUGUGGGCUCUGUGGCGCAUGGUUCAACAACCCGCUGAUGGCGCGGCAGCACUACGAAGGCAAGAAACACAAGAGGAACGCGGCGCGGGCCAGGCUGCUGGAGCAGCUGGCGGGCAGCAUGGACGCCACGGAGACCACAGGGCUGCGCAGCACCUUCUCCUGCGGCAUAUGCAAGGUGACCCUAAACUCCAUCGAGCAGUACCACGCGCAUCUCCAGGGCUCCAAGCACCAGAACAACUUGAAACAGCUCCAGCACUGAGGGAAACCAUCCUGGAAGACGGGGAACUGCUUGAAGCAGGACAGGGAAACUUUGCCGCCUUCCAGAAAUUCAUAGCGUGUUUUAAAUCUAUAAGGUUUUGCUGGAACAGCUACCCGGCCAUCUUGGAUAUUGAGGAGCCGCUGGAGUUCACCCUAACCCCCAACUCUACUCACUGACAGCCAGCUUUAUUGUUAUAAAUGCAUACAGUAUAUGAGAAACAAUAAGAAUUAUUCUAAAGCAGAAACAACUAUCUCUGCCUUUUUUGUGGUCUUUUUGAAACAAUUUUUUUUGUAUGUGGAUAAACAUGAUCAGGUUCUGUGAUGCAAAGAUGUAGUCAGACGUGUUUUGGCUCUGGAGAGGAAGCAGCGAACUGGAUGCAUUUGGGACUCUACAAUGUGCAGCUGGACAAGCCAUGUGACUGAUGUGAGGAGCUGUGAGCAGCCCGGGUGCAGGGACAGGCCCGGCUUUGGCUCCGGUCCAUGGGAACCUCAUCGGGACCUUCAAGUCGACAAAGACCAAACAGAGGAGCAGCUAGUACCUGAUGGCACAGACACACACCACAGGGUGACCUCGUUCUGUCGGAGAAUUUACUGUUACUAUUAAAAGAAGAGCAGAGGACCUUGAACGUGAUCUUGUGCCACAAAACAAACAUUCCCUUCUCUUGACUAUUUCUUGUAACAAAAAUGUGAUACAGUUGAUUUGGAGAUUAUGCUAUUUAGCUAUUGUGUACAAACACUGGAAUGGUGACAGUCCUAUAGAAAAGUCUAUGAUUCUAUAUUUUUAUGUGAAUUUCGCACAGUUCAAAAGCAAAAUGCUCCAUUAUCACAUUAUCAAAAUCGCUAUCUAAACAUUUUCCUUGAUGUUGCUUAUAGAAUGGGUCAUAAAAGCUCAGUGGAUCAUUAACCACACCUUUGAACCUUGGAGCUCAGAAACAGACGCUGAUGCUACUGGAUGAUGCUUGGCUCUGUUUGAUAUUACCAGGUUUUUUAUAGUGCAGAUGCAUUGCAUUCAGAAACACAGAUUAUACUAACAGAUUAUAUUAACAGCCAUUAAAGCAACUAGACUUAAAAUCCAUCACUAAGCAUUAAUGUGAUUGAGCAUUUAAUUACCAUAUAUGCCAUUAUGAAAUAAACUAAAGUUAUGUAUGUUUCAGCCUAAAACUGCAUUAAAUUGCUUUGUUCCAAAAUUAGCAUCUAUGAACUGACUAUUAAAUAAAGGGCUAUAAUUUAAGGA